AUGAGCAUGCUGGACGACAUAUGGGGUCCUGGCCCUGAAGUUUCCCUUUCACGAGAUUCAGAUAAGGCCCUUCAAGCUAAAUCGACCCUACAUGAGAUAUUGUCGCAAGAAAAUCGUGAAGAAGAAGAUAUAUGGGUGCAACUAGUGCAUCUUAUUGCAGAUUAUGACCCUGGUGAUGAACAACUAAAGGCAUUUGAGGAACUUUUGCCCAAGAUCGGGGACCAAGUUAACGACAAAGCGCGCACUGGGUUAGCACUGAUCCACUACGUGAUCAUCUACGAUCAUGCUAGUUACAUCGAAUUAUUGCAUAGGUACCGUUUGAACCUGAAUCUUUUGGACGACGUAAUAGGAUAUUCACCAUUGAUGUGGGCGUUUCAUCUGAAUAGACAAGACUGCUGCAUUGAACUUUUCUCCUUUAUUGAGGAAUUGGAUUUUGAUAUGAAAAACAAGGAAGGAUUGACUGCUUGGGAUAUCGUAACUCCUGCCUCUUCUAUUAGCGAAUUUUUGGAUCAGAACAACAUCUUCCAAUACAAAAACAGUACAGCGAACAGCCCUAUAACCAUAGAAGAACCAACACCGGAUCACAGUUUGGAUUUACAAAUGGCAGAUAUGUCGUUGAAGGGUGAAACUGGGACCGGAGGGGCCGGUGGCCGGGGUGGAUUUGGAUCCUCUGAUGAUUUUGAUUUCGAAAAACUGGUGAAGGAUCAGUAUUUCGAAGUUGAAGAUUUCGAUGUUCCACAAAUCCUAGACCUUUUGGUUUCAUUACCCGAAAAGUACCCUCAUGUCACUACCUAUCCGGCGGGACUUCUGUUCCAGUGCAUUAGAUAUGCUGAUCAUAAGAUAAAAUCACCUUCAUUAGUAGAGUCCCUAGUACAUCUUUCAUUGACAAGAAUUAUUUCCAAUUUAUCGAAUGAUUUGGUACCUAAUGAGGAGACCACGGGUGACAUUGUGGUCCAAUCCUAUUGGUUUAGUGCCAUUUCCUUCCUCUACUAUUAUCUGUGCAGAGAUGAGGGAUUCUUUAAGAGAAACCCCAAGAGUUUGCAAGAUUUGGUUAACGGUAUGCACUCUCUUAUGGUAGAGCUGACCUCAUCAAUUCAUUCCAGAUUGGUGCCGUUAAUAGAACCUACGUUGUUGUCUUAUACUACCAUCGAGGACGUCAAACAGACAAUGUACAAGAAGGAUUGGAAUAUUUUUAAAAAGAAGAGACCAGAAAAAAAUCGUAAUGCUGGCGACAAGACGAAAAGUGUCUCCUACUAUCAUGAUGAGAUGUUAAAGCACCUGUAUCCGCCCUCUCUAAAGGAACAGAUGAAAUUAUCCCCAAUGAAAUUGGUGCAAAUUUUCGGUGCUUUAGCUUACGUCUUGGAGUUACACCAGAUCCACCCAUUGCUACGGCAACAGUUUUUAUCAACUGCAAUAAGUUGGUUUUCCACAGCUCUCUUCAAUAGGCUAAUGAGUGAAAAGAAGAAGAAAUAUCUGAGUAGGGCAAGAGCAAUACAGAUUAAAUUAAAUUUAUCUAGUUUGGAAAACUGGAUCAAGAACAACGACCUAAUACCUCCUAAACCGGUUCUCAUAGAUGAUUUUAUGUGGCAGAGAUUCCCUUAUACUUUAGCCAAAGAUUUGAGCGAUAUAGAUUUAUCUCAUCCUCCAAUAAGAAACGUUGCAACUUACAAACCGGUUGACACAGAUAAAGAUAAUACUUGUGUUUACGAUACAACAAAUUCUUUAUUCUACUACCAAUCACUACAUCGCAUCGCCCAACUUCAUUUGGCUCCUGUCAACCAACUCCUACAAUGGUUACAGGUUGCGACCUCCUUGGAAAAUGAGGAAUCUCUAGAUGAAACAGCUAGUCUACUAUCCUCAUUAACCCCCCUACAACUUUUGAAGUCUGUGGAAAGAUACAGUUAUGAAGUUGAUGAACAUAAAUUUAAAUCUCCAUUGAAAAAGAAACUUUCAGCUAUAGUCAAAUCUCAAAAUGCCAAAGGUGAUCCAUACUUGGCGGAAAGACAACUACCACUUUUGGCGUUACCAACUAUUGCAGAGUUGACGGAUACUUACACUUAUAGUCCUGAUAGUGAAAAUUACCUACCCAUAUUAUCAGUAGAAAUUCAAGACGCAAUGUAUGAUAUCCACGAUGAAAAUGUGAGGUUACGUAAAGAUGAGGCAAUCGCUAUAGCUCAUAGGAGAAGUUUAGAGGAAGAAGAAGAGGAAGAAGAGGAAGAGGAUAAUAAUAAUGAUAAAGAUAAUGAUGACGAUGAAUCGAAUGAAAAGGAUAUAUCCGAAAUGCUUUAUUUGAGGGAUACUGGAGGUUUUUCAAAGAGUGACGGUGAUGUGGGCGAUGCAUAUUUCAAAGAAAUCAAUGCCCCAUCUGCUAUUGCACAUCGUCCAACUUGGGCGGAUAAUCCAGAGGUUGAAGCUAAUCCAUGGUGA